AUGGUAACAUUACAUUCAACAGAUACAACUUUAUCUCAAACAACUAGAACACGCUCAUUAGAAGCCUUUUCAAAUUUAGCUCUAUGGUCGAAUUCUACAUUAAAUAUUGAAUUAAAGAAAGUUUAUCAUGAUUUAGGAGUUUCUUUACAUGAUUAUCAAGAUCCAUAUAAUCCAAGUAGUUCGCCUCUUAUUGUAGAACGUCAAUUAGUACCUGGUGAUGUUGCACAAUUAGAUGGAAGUAUUCCUCCUGGCAAUUGUUUGACAGCUGUUAAUGAUGUAACACUGGAAAAUAUGAAUGUAGAUUAUUCUAUUAACACACAAAAAACGAUACCAAACCGCCCAGAUAAACUUACUGUAUCAAAAUCAUCACAAUAUCCGAAAGUUAUAAAUGAUAAAGAUAAUGAUGAUGAAGUAAUAACUCAUAGUUUCCAAGAUGUUAAUAAUAAUAAUAAUCAACGUUUAUCACGCAUUGGUAAAACCAAAACAACAGCACAAAUAACGAAUAAUCAUAAGGUAAGAAUUCUAUUAAUAGAUAUUUAA